UUUCCUCAAUUGCUUGAUCGAUCAAACGCCGUCUCUGCGGAGAACUUAUCUACCACUUUCUAUGUCUAACAUCGAAUACCGAACCUUGCGCUGCAGAGUUAGCCAAGGAAUCGACUGGCAAACUGAAGGUGAUACUUUACUCACGCUAUGUGAGGGGCUGAUAGCCGAGGGAAGUGAAUAUAAUAUUGGAGAUGCUGCUGCCUUGCUCAGAGAAUUAGAGAUUCAGAAUAACUUAGGAAUCGAUCAUCUCGAGGUACUGAAAGAACUCUUGCGUGGAAUAGAGAAAUGGGCCUUGAUCGACAAAAUAGUAAGCUUCGAGAACAAAAGGAAAAAUUACCAACGUAUGUUGGAGAAGAUAAUCUGUAAACUCGACGAGUUAAAUGAUCUAGAACGACUAAUCAAUGUCUCUGUUCCUUAUCUGGCGGAGGACAGAUUGGGCGGAAUAGAAAGUGUUCGUGUCCUGUUCAAGGAACUUGAAAGCAAGAACCGUUUAGGACCUGCCUAUCUUGGAAUUUUAAAAAAGAUUUUGGAGGAAACGGGAGAAGAUGAACUCUUAUGGGAAGUAAAUGAAUUUGAGAAAAAACGGAAGGACGAGGAUAUCACAGACAGACAAAGAAAGGAAGCUGAGGAAAGAAAUCAAGCUCGUGCUGCAGCUGUUUAUGCUGUGCCCAGGGCGGUUGGAAGACUAAUGGGAGCUGUAAAUGUUCACUGUAACUUUAAGACCGUCGGCGGUGUGGUAGUGGCAGUUGGUGCUGGUGUUGUCCUUUACAAAUACUCCAGGGGCGACAACGAUAUCCAACAGUUUGCACAUUUUUUUAACGGAGCAAUCCUUCCAGCAGCCACCAGCCUGAGAGCGAUAGGAAAUGGUUCCUUAUGCUUUACAGUCCAGGCAGAAAAUAGAGCAGCCCUUCAGUUGCUAUGGCAACAGUACCAGACCAAAAUACUGCAGACAAGGCUACAAGCGUUUUUGGUGUCAGACGAAAUAAGACAACUGGCAGAUGGUGAUGAAGUAAUUGUGACUGUAUACAUUGAUGAGCAGGAAUAUCAAGACGCUUGUUUGGAUUUCGUGAUGGAGGAGCGAGUUUUUAUCAACGAGGUGAAUGGUAGUGCCAGUCAAAGAAAUAGAAGGAACUCAGAUUCUUUCGUCUAUAUGAAACCGAAAGAAAGUGAGGUAGCAGCUGUAUUGUCUUCUUUGAAAACAGCUGAAAUUGAAUUUCAGCAAGAGCAAAUUGAUACCCUGAAAAAUGAAAUCGACAGGAUUUCUAAAACAUGCAGGGAGCAGGAAGAACCAGAUCUAGAAAUUAAACACCUUGGAUUUGUCACCGAUCAACCAGACAAUGAAAUUCGUGGAGAAACCUUCACACCUCCUGUUUUUUUGGAUUGGUCCAGAAGAGAGAACGUCGACAGUUACCUGAGAUGUGUAAAACCUGGACACGGAUCGAAUGACAGCAGUUAUGGUUCAGAAAAUGAAUUUGGGGGAUAUACGUGGGAAUCUUCAGAAGACUGCACUACUAAAACACCUGUUCUCAAGCCAGUCCCAUUGGAAGUUAACGAAACGGAACUGGGUAACAAAGAGGAGUUUCUGAGAGGGCUGAUAGGGUUCAACAUAGAAAAGCACGACUUUGAACUGCCGACAUAUUAUUUUCAGGCUGAGGAAAGUCAAGGUUUGUUCAAAGCAGAGGCUGGAAGAGAAAUCAAAAUAUUGUUUUCGACGAAAGAUGCGAAAGGGGAUCUUUUAUAUGACGCAGAUAAUCAAGUAAAUGUCAGAAUUCAAACCUUGUCAGGAAGCUUUGUAAAGAAGAAUAUUGAAGACGAUCUGACUGGUAGUUACAUUGUAAGCUUUAUACCAGAUAGUGUAGGUCCGCACAGCGUAAUAAUUACAGUGAAUGGUCAACCGUUAACUGACAGUCCCUGGAGUGUAGAGGUGUAUCCACAUCAGUACAAAUGCGUGUUUGAUAUUACAUCGAAUGAAGCACGCUGGCCCUCUAUUGCAGUAAACAAGAAAACCAACGAGAUUGCGGUCGCAUGUAAGGAUUUAGUGCAAAUACUCAGUGCAGAUCAUUCAUAUGUAAGGGAUUUUCGGUUGGGGAAAGAGUCAAGAAUUGAAGACAUGGACUUCACCACAAAUGGCAGCUUUAUUAUGAUUGUACGAAAAUUGAACACCACCUUCAUCACCUUCAACCCUCUCAGCCUGUUAUUGUUUGACCAGGGCGGUCAGUUCAUUAAACACAUCGGCGAAGAUUAUCUGAAGAGUCCGCACUCGGUGUCUACUUCGCGUGAUGGAAACAUAGUCGUGUGUGAUUGCACUGACAAGUCAGUUAAGGUUCUCUCCCCUGAUGGUACGAAAUUAUUACAGUCAAUAAAAGCUCCAGAUUGUCAAUCUCUCCCGUGGUAUGCUGUUUAUCAUCAGCACAUGUUCUUUGUGUCCUAUCCCGCAUCUUCUUGCGUUAAAAAGUUCAACGAAGACGGAGUGUUUCUUUAUGAUAUUGGUAGUGAGGGAUUUGGUGAAGGACAGUUGUUUGCACCUUAUGGUCUUGCCAUUGACAAGUUUGACAGCUUGAUUAUUCCAAAUUAUGGUAACCGAACACUUCAGGCGUUCACAAUGGAUGGUAAAUUUCUUAACACGUUCACAAUGGAUGAAAAAUUUCGUAACACAAUGGAUUGGAGAUGGUCACCCGAACUUGGAAUUAUUUCAGGUUUAUCAGUUGCUUCAUCUAAUACUGGAAACUUGUAUGUUUCUGAUUUCGGAGGUGUCCAGGUUUUCCAGUAGCUAGUGUGCCAGUCUUUAUACAAAUUGCUGGCCACUCCUCGUCUGAAAAAAAAAAAUCCAGUAACCCUUUCCUCGUUCUAAAUGGAAAAGAAACUUAAAGCCGCUCAAAAACGUUCUCAUUGAGGAUGUUUCGCAUGUAACUUUACAUUUUGUGGACAACUCUAAACACUGGCACGAGACAGCAGCUUUUGCUUUGAAGAAAGCAGUGACUAUGAAAGGAUAAAGACAUCUGAGUUUCUUUUGUCCUUAAGCAAAACUUUUAAACAGUUUCUCUAAUAUUUCGUAAAUUUCGCCAUUUAUCCGUUGUUGAAUUGUUAAAUUUACGAAGUUCGACGAUCCUACAGGGAAGAAUGGCAUAACAAAAUAGUUUAUAUUUCAUAUGUUUGUUGUUGUUCAAAAUAGUUUAUCUUAGCUUUGUUUUCUUGGUUAAAAAUUGAGAAUAUGACCCGAUUUGUUCUUGCAUAUUUCACGACUACGUGUUAAGAUAGAUAGAUAGAUAGAUAGAUAGAUAGUUUAUUAUCAAAAACCUUGCAGCCACAGG